CUCAUUUAACAAUCAAUUAUGAAGUGUAACUAUCACAUGAGAUAAAGUUAAUAGAGUUGAACGGUCAGACCAUGCUUGAACUAAUCUUAGUGACCAAGAUGAAAUAAAAUAUUUUUAGUGGCAUGGAUUAGUUUAGUAAACCCAGUGACUAAACUUACAAUUUACUCUUAAAUAUAUUGUAUUUAAAUAUGAAGAUUUUUUAUUUUGUUUGGAAUAUUAUAUUUUAUUUAAGGGAAAAUAUCACUAGAAAACCCGAACUAUCAGAAAAAUAUCACAUAUGUCCCAACCUAUUCAAUAUUCGAUUUAUGUUCUAGACUAUUUUUCCGUUAAGUUUACCAACAUUGACCGUUAAUUUUUGACAGAAACUCUAGUCAAUAUUAAUGUGAUCGAUGACAUGGAAUUUUAAAAUCAAUUUUAAUUUAAUAGCAUUUUAAAAUUAGAAAAAAGGCACUACAAUAAUUUUGUAAUUUUCUGACAAAAUAAUUUUGUCAUUCUAAUUUUGUCAUAAUAAAGUAUCUAACUUGACAAAACUACUCUAAAAACCUAUUCUAGGUCGAGCGGAAGGAAGUUGAAGAAAGCUAGCUGCAAAAGGAAUAACAGGGAACAUACGCGUCAUGCUCUUUCAAACAUUUUGGAUGUUUGUAGAACUUUCCUUUUAAGAUGAACUUGUUGUAGGGUUGUCCUCAAAGUAGAACAGAUGGAGGCAAUGUGAAGACGAGAAUGUCAUGUUACUCUGCAACAUUAUUAUUAAGGAAUAUGACCAAUAUUAUUGAAUAUUUUGUGGUGCCCUCAAUAUUCAUGACAAUCGUGUCAUUCAUCAUAAUUUUCAGAUAUGGCGAAAGAAUUAGCAUUGCCGGAUUAUGACAAAAUGACUUUGCCAUAAAUAUACAGACUAUUCCUAAAUAUAAACAUGACAUUAACAGUUUAUCAAGACAAACCCAUUACGACGAAAUUUUUUUUGGCACAAAAACCACAAAUUAGAUAUUACUAGUUUUUUUGCCUGCGCUCUGCCGCGGUAAUUUUUUUGUCUGCGCUCUGCUGCGUUAAGAAAAUAAUAAUGUAAUUGGAAUUAGAUUAUAAAAUUAUUCAGAUAAGAUACCUACAUAAGUUUUACAUAGUGUCUUAAUCAUUACGAUUAACAUAUGUCACUGGUUUGUUUAAGUGAUACAUAAUAAAUUAUUAUCCCUAUAUAAGGAUUACGUAGUGAAUGGAAAACUUAUAUUUUUUUCUUAAUUGAUACAUACAAAAUGAUUAUAUAUUCAUAAUAUUUACGUAAUGUUUUAAUUAUUAAGAAAGACUCAUUAAUAUCUUUGCUUACAACACAUCUAUCCCGCAAUAAAUUUUAGUUUGUGUAAUGUUUAUAAAUGUAUGAAUGAAUUUAUACUUUAUAUAACUGUUAUAGAAAGUUUUUUUUUAACUGCUAAAAAUGUUGUUAAUCUGAUGGCACAGGAAUUGGUGAGUGGGUAUAAUAGGCGAUAUCUAUCAUCUCGAUGUGCAAUUAAAGUUGAUAUAAUGAAGGCAUUUGACUCUGUAAACUGGAGGUACCUGUUUUUCAUGAUGAGUGCCAUGGGUUUCCCUGCAACAUUUUUGAAGUGGAUUAGAAGUUGCUUGCAAACUGCCCACUAUAGUAUCAAUGUGAAUGGCAGCCUUUGUGGGUUUUUUAAAGCCAGGAAAGGUGUGCGUCAGGGUGAUCCAUUGUCGCCAUAUCUUUUUACCAUUGCAAUGGAGGGGUUGUCUACAAUGUUAACAGAGGCAGGCCAGUCAGGGGUUCUUCCAUUUCAUCCAUUGUGUAAGAGAGUAGCACUGAAUCACUUAUGCUUUGCAGACGAUCUGCUAAUAUUCACUAAGGGGUCUGCUCAGGCAAUAAUGCAGGUCAAAGUGAUUCUGCAGCGUUUCCAUCAGAUCUCAGGGCUUAACAGCAAUCCUGCCAAGUGUGAAAUCUAUUUUGGUGGAGAUUCAAUUCUCUACAAAACCAAUGCUCUGUCUCUUACUAGGUUUAAGGAGGGGAAACUGCCAGUCCGGUAUCUGGGAUUACCUUUGCUGUCAGGCAAGUUAUCUUCAGUGGAAAUUGAUAGUCUGGUUGAUAAAAUUACUAAAAGGAUCAAGUCUUGGCAGGCCAAGAAGCUAUCAUAUGCAGGAAGGUUGCAACUGCUUAACUCUGUGCUCUUGGGGGUGGUUUAAUUUUGGAUGCAGAUGUUCAUUCUACCAAAGCAAGCUCUUAAGAGAAUACAAAAGGUUUGCUCUUAAUUUCUAUGGCACGGAAUUGAUGAAGGAAAGGCAAAAGUGGCAUGGGAGCAGGUAGCCUUUCCUAAACAGGAAGGGGGACUGGGGGUUAAAGAUUUGGUUGCUUGUAAUUAGGCAUGCACUAUUAGAAUCUCUGGUUGUUCUUGAUGAAUUUAGGGGCUUUAUGGGUGGCCUGGAUGAAAGAAUACAAGUGUUGGCAAUGUGAUCUGUGGUCAUUAAGAGUGCAAUAUAGUAGCUCAUGGGCUUGGAGAAGGCUUCUCAAGCUUAGGACUGUGAUUUCCCCCUGGAUGCAUAAGCAUAAUGAUACAGUCUAUUGGGAUUCCAAAGAGAUGGAUACUUACUCAAUUCAUAGAGUCUGGGAAACUUUUAGGAGCAGGGCUCCUAGAGUUAUGUGGUACAAGUUGGUCUGGAAUAUUAAUUGUCCACCUCGUUACAGCAUGAUUGUCUGGUUAAUAAUGAAGAAUACAAUUGUUACAAGGGAUAAACUACUAAAAUGGGGAAAGAUCAGGAAAGCAGAUUAUCAGCUCUAUGGCAAGGAGGUGGAGAGCAGGGAUCAUCCCUUUACUCAGUGCUCGUUUGCAAGAGAUUUUGCUGCUGUCAUUAGGUGUAACCUGAUGAUGCAUCAUGAUUGGGAUGCUAUGAUAUAUUCUCUGACCUCUGCAGGAUAAGCAAGAACAGGGGAAUGUCACACCUCUCAUUUGGUGCAUCUUGGUGACGUUCAUUUGGAAGGAAAGGUGCGGUGUAGUCCAUGGCGCUCCACGUCGCACCCCGGGGCAAGUAGCAGACCUUAUCAAGCAGGAAUUGACGCUCCUCACAUAUGGGAAUAGAGGGAUCCAAGAUGCCUUAGUUGGGCUGGGUUACUUAUAGUGUUUUGCAGUUUGUUCCCUUUGUCUUAGUAAAGAACACAGAUAGGGUGUGAUGUGUUUAGCCUGUUGGUGACAUUGGGAUGAUUAUCCCGCUUUCGUUGCAUUGGUUUCUUACAGAAAUAAAAGCAACUAAUUCAACGAAGAAAAAAAAAGUUAUUAAAUAAAUAUUUUAUAAUGUGUGGUCUAAUAAUAAAAUCAAAUUUAGAAAGUAACAUAUGAUUAAACUGUUAUGCUGAAGUCAACUAACCUCUCAGAAACUUUUCAUAAUGCAAAUUAAUGACAUAUUAAAUAUUUUAGUUAACAAUAUUGAAAUUUGGUUAAUAAUAAAGGAAUAAUUUAAUAAGAUUUCU